AUGGAGAGGGAUUGGGAGACCUAUGCAGUCGACUCCCAGGGGCUGUCGGGGGGCAUUUUGGUUUUAUGGAGGCGAGGUGUGGCGACAGUCGAUGUCUUCCACAACUGCUCCCAACAAGUCAUUAUGAUCAUAUCACGACCCGACGCCGCUCCAUGGGUACUGUGUGGUGUGUAUGCUAGCACGGACCACCGAGCCAGGAGAGUCCUCUGGCAGGAGAUCACCAACCUGACCGCCCAGGGCAUUCCGGCGGUAGCAAUUGGUGAUUUCAACUGUAUCCAGAGUGAGGAUGAGAAGCGGGGGGGCGCGGCUUUUACGGAUCGAGUGGAUAGGAGAGAGUUUCGGGACUUUGUGUCGCGGAACGGCCUGGUAGACUUGGGGUUCACCGGACCACAGUUUACCUGGUGCAAUAAUCAGCUGGGCAGUGCUAGGGUUUGGGAGCGAUUAGACAGGGCCCUUGCGACCCCUGAUUGGAUCCUCCGAUUCCCUACAGGCCGGGUUUGCCACUUGCCUCGGAUAGCCUCGGACCAUUGCCCAUUGCUGCUAUCCACAUCAUCCGGUUCUACGCAUCGCAGCCCCUUCCGCUUUGAGAAGGUUUGGCUGUCGUACCCCCAGUCUUGGGAUGUUGUCCGCGACGCGUGGCGGGUCCCGGUGCAUGGCGAUGCCAUGCAACGGGUCUCACGCAAACUUGAGCUGACUAAACGGCGCCUUCGCCGGUGGAAUCGUGAGGUUGUGGGCAAUAUCUUUCGGCGAUUAGAGGGGGUUGAGACUUCGAUCGCUGAGUUGCAGAGGAAGGAGGACUUGGGAGGCGUGCUUCCGGAGGGUGACAUGGCUGACCUCCGGGGACUCCUUGCGACUCACCACUCGCUACUACGGCAGCAUGAGAUUUUCUGGCGACAGAAAUCUCGGGUGCAGUGGGUAAGCGAAGGUGAUCGUAACACUAGGUUUUUUCAUCGGUCGACGAUUAUUCGGAGACAGAGGAGCAUGAUCCACUCCUUGCGAGCUGGGUCUGGACACCGCGUGGAGGGGGAGCCUGCCAUCCGGCAGGUCUUGCUCGACUUUUUUCGCUCCAGGUGGACGGAGGGUGAGGCGGCCAGUGAUGGGGACCCCCCUCCUCUGACGGUGGAUGUGGGUAUUGGUGAUUCUGAGAGCGUACUCCUGACCCGGCCAGUGUCGGCACAGGAGGUACAGGAGGCAGUAUGGGCUUUGGCCGCAGACAAGGCCCCGGGACCUGAUGGUUUUCCCCCGUUUUUCUUUCGGCGGUAUUGGGGCAUUAUCCGACUAGCGGUGGUGGAGGCUAUCCAGUGCUUUUUUGCCCAGGCAGCUAUGCCUGAGGACUGGAAGGCCACUUUCAUCACGCUAAUACCUAAAUGCCAAAAUGCGGCCGAACCUUGUCACUUUAGGCCCAUUAGUUUGUGCACAACCCUAUAUAAGGUUGUUGCAAGAAUUAUGGUAGGCAGAAUGAAGCCCCUCCUGUCUGGUAUCAUUAGCCAGGAGCAGGGGGCCUUUGUGGCUGGCAGAAAUAUUUCUCAUAAUAUUAUGCUGGCCCAGGAAAUGAUGUGGGAUCUCCGACGCGCAUCGAAGCGACACAGUCUGAUGGCAGUCAAGCUGGAUAUGGAACGGGCUUACGACAGGAUCAGAUGGAGCUUUCUUCAGCAGGCGUUGGAGGCUUAUGGCUUCCCCAGGCAGUGGAUCGACUGGGUUAUGGGGUGUGUUCGGGGGCCACAGUUCUCUAUCUUGGUCAACGGCACACCUUCACCUUACUUUGAGUCCUCCAUAGGGCUACGGCAGGGAUGUCCCUUAUCCCCUUACUUGUUUAUUAUUUGUGCUGACAUCUUAUCUCGAUCUUUGCAGAGAGUGUGCGCCAGCCGGGAGUUGGAGGCCUAUACCCCAGCCACGGGGGCUCGCCCUAUCACACAUUUACUUUUUGCUGACGACUGUCUUCUCUUGGCCAGGGCACGGACUACAGAGGCUCGGGUCCUUCGCAGGGUGGUGGCGGCAUACUGCGCGGCGUCCGGACAGAGAGUGAACUUCUCCAAAUCUACCAUCUCAUUCAGCCCCAGCACAGAGAGCGGAGUCAGACAGGAGAUCAGAGGGAUCCUCCAGAUACCGGAGCAGGAGGGGAUGCUUACCUACCUAGGGGUGCCUAUCACUGGCCGGAGACUGCGGGUGGCAGAGUGCUCCGGGUUGGUGCAGCGAGUUCAGAGCAGACUGGAGGGAUGGAGGGCGUCCUCAUUAUCCAUGAUGGGGAGAGUGACACUGGUCAGGGCAGUGCUGGGAUCUCUACCGGUUUACCUCAUGGCCAACACAGUGGUUCCCAAGACGAUCCUGUUAAGGAUCGAGCGCCUUCUUAGGGACUUCCUGUGGGGGUCAUACGGUGGAGGUCACGGAGUGCACCUGGUUGCCUGGGAGCAGGUUUGCCGCCCCACUAGUAAGGGCGGUCUGGGAGUACAGUCCCUUAUUGAGAGGCGCGAGGCCUUCAUUGCCCGGCAUGCGGCUCGGUUCAUCUUAGAGCCGCACGGCCUCUGGAGUCAGGUGAUGGCAGCGAGAUAUGGCCGAGGGGCUUCAGGGAUGGCACAGCGGGGUCGCCGAGCAUCUUUCAUGUGGCGUGAGAUCGGGAGGCACCCGCCGACAGUAUCAGCACAUAUCAGGGUUCUGAUUGGUGACGGCCGGAGUAUUGAGGUGGCUAGCGACUCAUGGGUGGACUCCUUGGCCCUGAGCCGCUGGCCAACUAUGUUUGACACAGAGGCAGUUGAGGGAUUACGGGUGUGCGAUCUCUUUGUACCAGGAGGGGCAGUAUGGGAUGAGGCCAGACUCAGGCCAUUGUUCGGGGUACACCUAGCUGCGAGGAUCCGAUCCCUUCCAUUACCAGGAUGUGGGGGGCCGGACGUCAGGGUGUGGGGCACCUCGAGCCAGGCCAGUGUCAGGUUGAGAGACAUCACGCGAGCCAUGCAGUCAGGUCAUGAGCCGGGGCCGGACUGUACCUGGAUUUGGAGGUCCGGACUUCAUCCGAGGGUUGCUCUCUUUCUAUGGAAGGUGUUCUGGAACCGACUUCCUACGAGAGCAGAGCUGAGCAGGCGAGGUUGGGGGGUCCCUGCUGAGUGCGGGACGUGCGGCGUUGAGGAGUCAGCGGACCAUGUGCUCUUCCAGUGUACAUGGGCGCGGACGACAUGGCAGUGGGCUGGGAUCCCGCAGGGGGCCCGGAGUGAGCGGCUACAGUUUCUCAGGGUGACACGGCAGUGGUUAGCCAGUUCACGGACCCGUGAGGAGGGCAUUAGAGCUACUUGCACAGCGCUUCAGAUCUGGCUGGCAAGGAAUGCCCGCACUCUCGGUGAGCGCAGGGUGUCACCGAGGUUUGUGGCAGAGCUUGCUAGAGCACAGGCCUUGGAGAUCAGACCCGCCCUUUCUACAGAUAGACCUUUGACAGCUCGGGACACCUGGGGUUCCCCCACUGCCUCGGCAGCUUCCCAGGAAUUACUGAGAGCAUCUCAGAACCGGUGGGAAAUUCAUCUAAAACUGUUGUCUUCUCUUACUCCUCUCAUCUUCUCCUGCAAAGUUGUCUCUUUGGAAUCCCUCGACAUCCGCUUCAAGCUCUGA